AUGUCCGACUCGGAGCCGGAAGAGACGUGGGAUGAUCUCUUCCAAGAACCCACGGAUUACUACAGGCCGGACAAAGAGCCAACGCAAGUCGAACACAAGACUUUGAAUGGUGAUGUUCUCAAACUAAAUCUGGUUGGACAAAAUCCAUUGUGGGGACACCUCCUAUGGAACGCCGGCCGCACAAUAGCAGAUUACCUCGAGCUCAACAAAGACACUCUAAUUUCGAACAAGACCGUCCUCGAACUUGGCGCAGGCGCAGGUCUGCCCAGUAUAAUCUGCGCCACAAAUGGAGCGAAGCAGGUUGUGGUCACCGACUACCCAGAUGCCGAUCUGAUCGAGAAUCUGGAGAAGAACUGCAAGCUCGUACCACAACCGAGGAACAUUCAUGCGGCGGGUUAUCUUUGGGGAGCUGAAGCGGCGAAGGUGAAGGGGUUCCUCCCAGAGGCUGAGAGUGAAGCUGGGUUUGAUUUGCUGAUACUGGCGGAUGUGCUUUUCAAUCAUUCAGAGCACGCGAGAUUGCUCCUCAGUAUUCAACAGACGCUGAAGAAGACCUCUGACGCCCAAGCAUUGGUAUUCUUCACUCCAUAUCGGCCAUGGCUGCUUGAGAAGGAUCUGGCGUUUUUCGACUUGGCUCGGGAGGGUGGAUUCACCGUUGAGAAGAUCCUGGAGAAGGUCAUGGAAAAGGUCAUGUUUGAGGAGGAUCGAGGAGACGAGUUGCUUCGAAGGACAGUUUUCGGAUACACGCUGAAGUGGCCAGGAGAGUGCGCAUAA